GAGGGAGAGACAGACCCAGCCCAGAGCUCUGAGUGGUUUCCUGUUGCCGGGCUCUAAACCCCUCCACAUUCUCGCAGACCUUCAGACUGCCGGAGUGUGCUCAGCCUGCUGCCUGCCUGCCUGCCCGCCACUGAGGAAUUCAGCCUCAGAAGAAACUCUCCAUCCAGACGCGUCCCACUCACCGACGUCUCAAUCUCUCUCCUCCCACAGCGUUCCCAGCACCAUGAGGGCCUGGGUCUUCUUCCUUCUUUGCCUGGCUGGGAGGGCCUUGGCAGCCCCGCAGCAAGAAGCCUUGCCUGAUGAGACGGAGGUGGUGGAAGAAACGGUGGCUGAGGUGUCUGAGGUACCUGUGGGAGCCAACCCCGUCCAGGUGGAAGUAGGAGAAUUUGAAGAAGGUGCUGAGGAAACUGAAGAGGAGGUGGUGGCUGAAAACCCCUGCCAGAACCACCACUGCAAACACGGCAAAGUGUGCGAGCUGGAUGAGAACAACACUCCCAUGUGCGUGUGCCAGGACCCUACCAGCUGCCCUGCGCCCAUUGGCGAGUUUGAGAAGGUGUGCAGCAAUGACAACAAGACUUUCGACUCUUCCUGCCACUUCUUUGCCACCAAGUGCACCCUGGAGGGCACCAAGAAGGGCCACAAACUCCACCUGGACUACAUCGGACCCUGCAAAUACAUCCCCCCCUGCCUGGACUCGGAGCUGACUGAAUUCCCCCUGCGCAUGCGGGACUGGCUCAAAAACGUCCUGGUCACUCUGUACGAAAGGGAUGAGGAGAACAACCUCCUGACCGAGAAGCAGAAGCUGCGAGUGAAGAAGAUCCACGAGAAUGAGAAGCGCCUGGAGGCUGGAGACCACCCUGUGGAGCUGCUGGCCCGGGACUUCGAGAAGAACUACAACAUGUACAUCUUCCCCGUGCACUGGCAGUUUGGCCAGCUGGACCAGCACCCCAUUGACGGGUACCUGUCCCACACCGAGCUGGCCCCACUGCGUGCUCCACUCAUCCCCAUGGAGCACUGCACCACCCGCUUUUUCGAGACCUGUGACCUGGAUAACGACAAGUACAUCGCUCUGGAUGAGUGGGCUGGCUGCUUCGGCAUCAAGGAGAAGGACAUCGAUAAGGACCUCGUGAUCUAAGCAGUGGCGGACUCUCUCUUAACCGUCCCCUUCCUGUUUCCCCCAAUGUUUAAAAUGUUUGGAUGGUUUGUUGUUCUGCCUGGGGACAAGGUGCUAAUAUAGAUUUAUAAGAUCACAUUAACGGUGCUAAAAAUGGAAAUUGUAACCCACGUCAUGACAUUCUCAAUUGUAACUCGGCUCUCAAAGCUUCUUGCUCACCCACUAACAGUCUCCUUUUUCUCCGGCCAUUUGACUUAUGGGAAAAUGGGUGGAAACUUGGAUCUGCUCACAUCUGCCUUCAACACAUAGUGCAUCUUCCGACUUUCUCUCUUUCUCUCUUUGAAACUAAUCCUCACGAGUCAGACGUUUGCAUUAAUUUUAUUGCAGGGUAUCGGCUGCUGGGGGCGGGGGGAUGGUCUCACGUGGCCUGAAGGUGGGCAAAGGGAAGUAACAGACCGGGAUGUUGGCAAGGAUGUUUCUGGGACUAGAGGACCAGUGGUGGGAGAAAUCCCUGGAAAAGCCACCGACCUGAACUACAGAUAAUCAGUCUUGUUUGCCUGGGGAUGUGACUGAGAGAAAGAACCUGAGGCUGUUGCAAAAACAUACAAGCACUCACUGAAACCCAGUUCCUCGCCCUUUUCUCCCUCACCUGUCAGCGCCAUUUUUUUUCACUUUAGGCUGUUUGCUCAAACUUUGGGCAGCUGUGGACCAUCAGUUCUCUGGAAUCCACCAAGCCUCUGAGGGGCGGGUCACCACCUCCUACAGGGCUUCUCCCCUCCUAACUGUCUUGGGAGAUGCAGGACUGGGGGACUGUCUCAGCCAGGAAGGCCCAAAUCAAGAGUGAGGCAAGUUGUAGAAAGUUGUAAAAUAGAAAAAGUGCAGUUGGUGAAUAGAUUUUGUUUUUUGGUUGGCUUGUUUUUUUUUCUUCUCACAUUUGGAUGGCUCUCAUGAGGGG